UCAAAUUAAAAAUGGCGGAAAACGUAAACAUUCUGUCGCGGUUUUCAAAGCUUCCAGACAAGAAUCAAGCCACUGCUUUGGUAAGUCAAAACAAACCGGGAACUAAGAGAAAACCAGUUUUGGUUUUCCUUGGUCCUCUACUGUAUUCUUACUCUUUCACGAAUGACUUCUACAAUCAGCUUAUUGUUAUUUCAGUUUGUGGGUGUCAAGGGAAUUGGAAAGCACCUCGUUGCAAGAUCUACGCUAGCUGUUCACACUGAUUUCUCUGUACAAAUGUAGGUCUGGUUUAAUCUUAUUCUUAUUUUAGUUCUACUGGAGAUAUUUUGAUAGGAGUCUUAGCUAGAAAAAGUCGCGCUACAUGCAUAAUCUUCAACUUAACGAGGGACGUGGGUGAGAUCAUAUCAGAGAGUGGAUAUUUAUUUGUAUUUGUGAACUUUUUAAAUAGUUUUCUUAUUAUUAACAGCCGUAUUUCUACUGGUCUGCCAUUGCCAGAGGACAGUGAGAACGCAAGGCCAAGAAUUGAUUUUAUAGUGCUGUUUGUUGACUUGACCAAUAACUUGAGGUACAAUGUAAUAUAAUGAAUACAAUCUUUCAAUUGAUACCCCCAGUAGAGUUAACAGGCAAGGCAGGGUACAUUGGAAAGGAUCAAAAUGCUGUAUUACAUCUGUUCCAUAAUAUCAUGUGUACAGCAUCUUGCAGGGCUGUCACUAAGAUUUCAAGUUGCCCGGUAAAUACAACAAGUGGGCGGGGAAUCAAACAGCUGGGGAUUUCUUUUGGUUCUAGUUUUCUUCUAUUUUCCUUUGAAAGUAGCCGGGGGAAAUCCGCGGCCCCCACCUCUAAAUGACAGCCCUUAGCUUGAGAGCCUGGGGAUCAAGGGAAUGAGGUAGCUUUGAAUGAAAAUAGGCAUGUUCUGUUUUAAUUCAUAAUCCAAAUGCCAUUUUUCUGGUGGGAGGGGGUGGGGUUAAAAUUCAUCUUCAUAGUAAAGAUCCAAGAGAUUCAAGAAUUUGUCUUGGAGUGUUUUUGCCAGCUCUGAAACAAAUGUUACAAAACAUUCUUAAAAACUGACUUUAUUACUGAGUGGCUAUUGGGGGCAUGUACUCAAAUCUGCAACACCAUCCGUGUUGCAGCGUGUACAUGCAAACUAGGGUACUUUUAUCUCAAGGGAGGGUUACUCUAAGAAUUCUUGGGUAGAGGUGUGCUGGAAGGACCCUGAAAUCUUUGACUGAGACCAAGCUCUACUGCAAUGUUGCUACCCUAUUCUAGAUUAGCCAGCAAAAACCCUCCCCCUUCCCCCCCAACCCAGACUAAAUACAUGUAGAAACAAAAAACUCACAUUGCUUUAACUUAUUUUUCUCAUUAAGUUUGGAAACAAUCAAAGCUUCAGUCAAACACAUGGACAUUGACUACUUUCUGGGCCAUUGCUGCUUUGUAGUAGUGCAAGGUAUGUUUCCUUCUCCUUGUGAUGAGAUACCAUAGCUGCUGCUUCUCAGAGAGGAAUCACCAUCUCCUGAUCAAACAUGUACUUAUUACCAGCCAACCCAGGACAGUGAAGCACCGGGCAUUUGCACAACAACAUUUACAAUUCCCCGGAACCCAUCCAAGAAAAAUAAUUAUUUCCCCAUAAGAGGCUAGCUACCAUCACCCCUUUCCCUGGAGGCAAUAGUUUGUUCAGAUGAAUUCCAAGGCACAUCCAGAUUGCAAGGAAAUGUUCUUCUUUUUUCACUAAAAAUACUUUUUUGUAAUGUAAAGGGUUGAAAAAAAUAAGCAAAUAAAGUGCACACGUCUACUGCACCUGAUGAAGUUCAAACUUUUAGUUUGUAAGUCAUGGACAACAUUGUUGUUGUAGGAUUCAUUGUAUUCUUCCUUUACUGCUAGGUGCAUUCAAAAUCGCACUCCAGUCUUUUUCCUCCUAUCGCAUGCAUUCUGAAUUGAGGGCUUAGGAUUAGUUGCAGGGGUUUCAUUCACUGAAUUGAAACUAUUUUGAGGAGAACAGAAUGUUAAAAUAAUCACUGCAACAUUUAAUAUGACCAAGCCAAAACAACAAUCAUUAACGAACGUGUCUGCCCCCUUUGUUUCUGUCUUGAAAAGGCAUUUAACAUUAUACUCAUUUGUCUCUUUUUCAGCCAAAAAUGAAGCCAAACAUGCUGUUAGCAUCCAGGAAGUAACAAGCCUUGCUGACAGCUUUGAUUCACCUUUAAUUUGUGCAGACUUGAGGGUGAGUUUAAGAUCUGAGCCGUGAGAUCUUCUAUAAAAUGCCCACUCCCACUGAAAUAAUUACCCUGCAUGUGUACAGUGUAGUUUCUCACUUGCGGUUGCUGGAUAAUCUCAUGUGAAGAAACGCCAAGAAUUGUUGGUGUAAGCAAUAAGAAGGGUAAAGCUAGCCCUGACCAGUUGCAUAGAAAGUUUUGCUGUCCUGAUAAGGGGGGCUAAAGCCUAAAAAAAUCUAAAAAAAAACAUUCUUGAUAGUUUGAAAUUGUCUAUUAAAAAGAAUAAAAUCAAUUUAGGCCCAGAUGCCACACCACUCAUGUAACAAACAUAAUUGACAGGUUAGGUCAAGCAAAGCGGUGUUUGAAUCACCUCAACCCACCUGACCAAGGUUCAGACAUUAGAUAGCGCUAACCACUGGAUAAAUCACUAUCCAGCAGAUAAGAAUCAGGCAAACCAAUUGCACCAUCCAGUGGAUAGCAUUAUCCACCUUUUGAACAUCUGGGGCCUGGUUUAGUUGUUGCAGUGUCAAGUUCAAUAGAUGUUGUAUUAUUCUAGGCCCAGACCAGGAUAUGAUUUUAAUUCCUCCUGUGAUAUGGAGCGAUGUCUUUUGACUGGUUUGACACAAGUAUGCAAUUUCAAACACUCUUUUUUUUCCAAAGUCAAACUUCCUCAAAUCAGGUUCAAAACAAAGUGGCAUGGCCUUUGAACCAGCUGAAUUGCAUUUAACAUAAAUUUUUGGUUUUUUUGUUUAAGAUCUCAGCUGUGAGAUCUUCUAUAAAAUGCUUACUCCCACUGAAAGAAUUACCUUGCAUGUGCACAGUGUAGUUUCUCACUUGCAGUUGCUGGAUAAUCUCAUGUGAAGAAACCCCUAGAAUUGUUUGUGUAAGCAAUAAGAAGGGCAAAGCUAGCCCUGACCAUUUAUUGCAUUAUUUUAAACGAUAUAUAUUUUUUAGUUUUUCCAUUUCUAUCUAUCAUAUUUUAGGCCUCACUUUCUUAAUCAGAAUAGAGAGACUGACGUUAGAAUAAUGAUUUUUUUUUAAAAUUUGCACAGAAAGAGGAAGACAUCAAAUUCUUGUCAACAAAACUUGUUCACCUUCUUCAAGUAUCCCGUGGAUUCUGUGCAGAUGUCACAACGUUACUACUGGACACAACAAGGAAAUCAUUUGUGUUUGAGGAUGAAUUAAAUGGCAUGAUAGAGUAA